GACAUGGAGACGGUGGGCGGCGAGGGGUCACUGGAGGUGUCCUCCCUCUCGAACUGACAACGUACGGGUCGCGAGCACAAACGGCCCUGCCUUACGCCAUGAACGGCGAGUUCUCCUCAACGCUCGCCGCUCAGAUGAAACACCACUCGGACCCACGAGGAUCAGAUCGUGUCACUGAGGCUCAGAUGCAGGUGGAUGACCUGAAAGGCAUUAUGGUCCGCAACAUAGACUUGGUCGCUCAAAGAGGAGAGAUGCUGGAAUUGCUGAUUGACAAGACAGAGAAUUUGGUUGAUUCUUCGGUCACAUUCAAAACCACGAGUCGUAACCUGGCAAGAGCCAUGUGUAUGAAGAACCUCAAGCUGACUAUUGUCAUUGUGCUGGUGUGCCUGGUGAUCCUUUACGUUAUAAUUUCUGCUGCCUGUGGAGGCCUCAACUGGCCCUCGUGUGUCAAAUGAGAGGAGGGAUGGGGGGAAAAGGAAGAGGUGCACCUGUUCGACGCUGCCAGCAAGUGGACACAAAUGGAAACUUUCCUUCCCCUUCUCUACCUUCAAGAUCGAUGGAAGACGAAUGCUGCUCAUCCUCCUGCCUCCUUCUUUGCCAAUUCUUUGAUAGCGUGCACAUUGACUUGCCUUUCGGACAGGGAGUCCCACCUCAUUCCCAGAAUAAUGGAUAGCAGCCAGGUUGCCUAAAACUGAUCUAAAAAACAAGAACGUUGUCUUAUACUAGUCUGGUACAUUCAUUUUGUCUCAUGCACUUAGUGGCCUGAUGUAUUGGUUUAAGAUAUUGCCCUAAACCUAUUGCCGUAUUUCAUCCAUUCAGAUUGCUAUGCUAAUGAUCUGCACAGAGAUAGCUUAAUUAUCCUAAGUUAGUUGUCCUGCUUUUCCUUUGAAAGUCACAAACGGGACCUAUUGGGUGUACAUAGCACGUUGCGGAUCCAUCAAGAAGGAACCCCACAAUAGUGUCUGGUCCCCUGUUGUAUUACUGAAAACUAACUUUUGACAGAAAACCAUAGAGUACAUCUUAAGUGGCGAGUGUCCAAUGAACAAUGUCGUUGGUGUCAUGAAUUUGCUUGAAAUCGCAGAUUUUUGGAUUUCCUUCACAUAUUACCGCCAAUCACAGUUGUAUAUUCUAAAAUGUGUGUUGUAAAAUACCAGAUUUGAUCAUACAAAUAAAUAUAGUACAUUUAAUUCAUAUUAUUGACUCAAAGAUGUAAUAAUUAUUCAACCCUUACAUUUGCAAGCAAAUCCUGAUCCCUUUCACCUUUUGACCUCUGCUAGGAUGUUUGGCCCAUGUUCUUUCUGUUAAAACAAUGCACUUUUUACACUGUGUAUAUAUAUAUUUGCUUCUUGGCAUCAUGUGGUUCAUAAUCAUGUAAUUAUUUAGUUAUUGUACAGCCAGAUUGGAAAUAAUAAAAUCUCAUCCAGUUGA